ACUAAAGACUACAAACAUGGCCGCCGGCGGCAUCGCGGCUCACAGACGCGGGGGCCUGAGCCGAGCGGGCAGAGCAGUCUCUCAGGGAAGCCAAGGUUGUUGGAGUCGGUGGUGGACAAGAGGGAGAUCGGGAUUGCUGGUGGUGGUUGCAGGGCUCCGUGGAGCACCAGUGGUCAGUCGCCGUGCGCGCGUGUAUGUGUGUGUGCGCGCCACUUCCCUCUCAUGCCCGCCCCCCCCCCCCCGGCCCGUGUGUGUGUGCUCCCCCCCCCCGGCCCGCUCUCCGCCCUCUGACCCCGCUGAGGCCCAUGCGCCGGACACGGCCCGCUGCCCAUCGGCCCGAUGACUGCCUGGAUCGUCCUGCCCGUCAGCCUCUCCGCCUUCUCCAUCACGGGGAUAUGGAUCGUUUACGCCAUGGCAGUGAUGAACCAUCACGUCUGUCCUGUGGAGAACUGGUAUUACAACGUCACCUGCACAGAGGAGAUGCCUCGACCUGGCUUCCCCAAGACCUGCUGCACCAUCCAGGACAUCCCGCUCAUCAGUAAGUGUGGGUCCUUCCCCCCAGAGAGCUGCCUGUUCAGUCUCAUCGGGAACGUCGGGGCGUUCAUGGUGAUCAUGGUGUGCCUGCUGCGCUACGCCCAGGUGAUCGAGCACAGCCACCACUGCCUGCUGAACACCAGCGCCCUGGUGUCGGGCUGCACCAACGCCGUGGGGCUGGUCAUGGUGGGGAACUUCCAGGUGGACCACGCCAAGUCCCUGCACUACGUGGGCGCGGGGGUGGCGUUCCCGGCGGGGCUGCUGUUCGUGUGCCUGCAGUGCGUGCUGACGUACCGCGUGGCCGUCACGGCGCUCGACUACUGGAUGGCCCACUGCCGCGUGGCGCUGGCCAUCGCCGCCAUGGUGUCCCUCGUCCUCAGCGGCGCGUUCUUCGUCCACGAGAGCUUCGUGCUGCAGCACGCGGCGGCCAUCUGCGAGUGGGUGUUCACCGUGGACAUCCUGGUCUUCUACGGCACCUUCACCUACGAGUUCGGCUCCGUCAGCCACGACACGGUGCUGGCCGGCCUGCAGCACGUCUACCAGCAGCACCACCUGCACCACCACCACCUCCACCACGGCUCUGGCAUCGUGCUGGGGCCCGGGGCCCGGCCCACCGCCCUGGGCACCGGCUCCAAGGGCCUCAAGUCCCCCGGCGGCAGCAGCACCUCCACCCACCUCAACUGCACCCCCGAGAGCAUCGCCAUGCUGUAGCCCCCCCCCACCCCGUAUCACCACCACCACCACCACCACCGAGGCCACCUCACGCCAGCCAAUAGGAUUCAGGGAGCCAAGUGAGCUCUCGACCAAUGGCGUCGGUUCGUUUAGCACGGCGAAGGCUCCGCCCCCGGAUCCUCCGGAGGUAUCGCGAUCGGUUUGAGUUUUUUUUUAAAAUUAUUUUUAUUUUGGUGCAUCGUUUUUAUCUGAUUGGUCGUCAAUGUGGUCACAUGACCCCCGGGUCGACCACUGAGGGGCCAGCUGACGAAGGCUGAAUGUGCGGGGAGGUUCUGGGGAGAGUCGAGCGAAAUGGCGUCUCGAACCGAUGGAUCUUUUUUUUAUUUUGUGCGUUCAUCGUGAUCAGCCAAAACA